AUGGUGACUAGACCAGUUGCUAAGAAUCUGUCUGACCCAGGGAGUUUCACAAUUCUCUGCAUCAUUGGUAGCUUUGCUUUUGCCAAGGCACUUUGUGACUUGUGGGCUAGCAUAAAUCUUAUGCCCCUAGCGACUUAUAAGAGGUUGGGGAUUGGAAGAGCUAGACCCACAUCUAUGUUGUUGAAGCUAGCUGACAAGACCGUGAAAAGAACUUAUGGUAUCUUGGAUAACGUGUUGAUUCAGGUAGGGAAAUUUGUCUUCCCUACAGAUUUUGUGAUUCUAUAUUGCAAGGUAGAUGAAGAAAUUGCGAUAAUUUUUGGAAGGCCGUUCUUGGCCACGGGGAGAGCUCUCAUUGAUUGUGAACCUGGGGAGCUCAAGAUAAGAUUGAACGAUGAGGAGAUAACAUUCAAUGUGCAGACAUCUAUGAGGUGA